GGCGGAGCCCCGGUUUGUAAUCGGUGGCGUAGAGGGCCCGCGCCGACUGUCUUCCGCUCGAUGCGGAGCAGGUUCGGCAGGGACUGCCAUGAGCUGGGAGCUGCUGCUCUGGCUGCUGGCGCUAUGCGCGACCAUCCUGCCCCUGGUGCUGCUCUUCCUGCGGGCUGAUGCCGACCUGACGUUGUUGUGGGCCGAGUGGCAAGGGCGACGCCCAGGUGAGCACCCGCGGUGGCCCGGCCUCCACGUGGCGGUGGAGAGUCCUGAUCUCGCUGAUGAACAGGCACUGACUGGCAUGGUGGUGUGGGUGACUGGAGCUUCAAGUGGCAUUGGCGAGGAGCUGGCUUUGCAGCUCUCUAAACUCGGAGUCUCUCUGGUGCUGUCAGCCCGAAGGGAGCAGGAGCUGGAGCGGGUGAAGAGAAGAUGCCUGGAGAAUGGCAAUUUAAAAGAAAAAGAUAUACUAGUUUUGCCCCUUGACCUGACUGACACAAAUUCCCAUGAGGCAGCUACCCAGGCCGUUCUGCAGGAGUUUGGUAAAAUCGACAUUUUGGUCAACAAUGGUGGAAGAACCCAGCGUUCCUUAGUUCUAGAAACCAACCUGGAUGUCUUCAAGGAGCUGAUGAAUCUGAACUACUUAGGGACCGUGUCCUUGACCAAGUGCGUUCUGCCUCACAUGGUGGAGAGGAACCGAGGCAAGAUUGUUACUGUCAACAGUGUCGCGGGCAUCGCCUCCGUGCCCCUUUCCAGUGGGUAUUCUGCCAGCAAACAUGCUCUACGGGGUUUUUUCAUUGCCCUCCGAAGUGAGCUUAUCAAAUAUCCAGGUGUUACAUUUUGCAACAUUUACCCAGGGCCUGUGCAGUCCGAUAUUGUGAAGAACGCCCUAACUGAAGAAAUAAAUAAGCCCAUGAGAAAUAUAGACCAGAGCUACAAGAUGGCAACUAGCCGCUGCGUCCAUCUGAUGCUGAUCUCCAUGGCCAAUGAUUUGAAGGAAGUUUGGAUCUCUGACCAGCCUGUGUUGUUGGGGGCGUACAUGUGGCAGUAUAUGCCAACCUGGGCCCUUUGGGUAACCUCCAAGAUGGCGAAGAAGAGAAUCCAAAACUUUAAGAACGGAUUGGAUCCAGACUUGCCUUAUAGAUUCUGGAAGACAAAGAAGGAGUGAGACAACCAAUUGAGAUGU